GUGACUCACGUUUCCAUCGUCUUCUCCACUCCAACAUCGACGGAGCCCUAACCCUAACCGACACUCUCAUGGCUCCUCUGCUUCGCCCUCCCCUACCCUCUUUGUCGCCAUGAAACCCCUCCCAUCGACGACUCCUCUCUCCUCUCUCCUCUCCCUCUCCACCAGAUCCCUCCUUGACUCCCUCCUCCAAACCUUUAUCCCUAAAUCCCCCCAUUUCCCCCAAAGCUCCUCCUUUUCGUCGUCUUCGUCGUCCUCCUCCACCAUGGACGACUCCUCUGCCCCUUCCCAGUCCUCUUCUCCGAUCCGCGUCGUGUCGCACCAGCACAUCGACCCGAGCUCGGCGGUCCGGAAGCCGCUGAGCCUGUGGCCGGGGAUGUACCACUCGCCCGUCACCAACGCGCUGUGGGAGGCGCGAUCGAGCAUCUUCGAGAGGCUUCUGGAUCAAUCCAAGGACGGACCCCCGCAGAGCGAGCUCCUCACGCGCACGCCCUCGCAGAGCAGGACGAGUGUAAUCUACAAGUUCUCGAGUGAUUUCGUACUCAGGGAGCAGUACAGGGAUCCCUGGAACGAGGUGAGGAUCGGGAAGCUUAUCGAGGAUCUCGACGCCCUCGCGGGAACCAUUGCCGUGAAGCACUGCUCUGACGAUGAUAGCACAACAAGGCCUCUGCUGUUGGUCACCGCAUCGGUCGAUAAAAUGAUUCUAAAGAAACCGCUGCGAGUAGACGCCGACCUAAAAGUAGUUGGCGCAGUCACGUAUGUUGGCCGUUCGUCCAUUGAUAUUCAAAUUGAAGUUACUCAGCCUCCGGAAGAUGACUCUAUAGCUUUGACGGCCAAUUUCACGUUUGUCGCGCGCGACUCAAAGACGGGAAAGGCCGCUCCUGUAAACCGCCUUUCACCCGAAACGGAAAGAGAAAAGUUGCUCUUUCAAGAGAGAGAAGCGAGGGAUAAACUGAGGAAGAGGAAGAGAGAGGAGCAGAAAGCGGGGAUCGAGAAUGGCAGCAGCCACAGUUCUCAAAGAGAGAAAGAGAAGCUAAAUAGUUUACUGGCCGAGGGCCGCGUCUUCUGCGAUUUGCCCGCGUUAGCCGAUCGAGACAGCAUCCUGCUACAGGAUACCCGCUUAGAGAACUCCUUGAUUUGCCAGCCGCAGCAGCGGAACCUGCAUGGGCGGAUUUUUGGGGGUUUUUUGAUGCACAGAGCAUUCGAACUGGCUUUUUCGACUGCGUAUGCCUUUGUUGGGCGAAUGCCUUGCUUUCUUGAAGUGGAUCACGUCGACUUUCUAAAACCUGUCGAUGUGGGAGACUUUCUACGUUUCAAAUCGUGCGUGCUGUACACACAACUAGAUAACCCUGAGCAGCCUUUGAUCAACAUCGAGGUCGUCGCUCACGUAACGAGACCGGAGCUGCGAACCAGCGAGGUCUCAAACACAUUCUACUUCACCUUCACCGUGAGCCGCGACGCCUUGAAGAACGGGCUGAGGAUUCGCAACGUAGUUCCUGCAACGGAAGAGGAAGCGCGCCGAGUUUUAGAACGCAUGGAGUGCGACCAUGUUUACAUUUGAAAUCUUAGGUGUUUACCCCAUACAUAAUAAUCAAGAUGCUCAUAGUUUGUUCUUGUAAAAUGAGACAAACCAAGGACACAGAAUUUUUACAGAGAAAUGAAGAGGCACAUUCAUUUAAUCUU